GAGACCGGCCUCGCAGGAGCCUCCCAGCCCCGCGGCCCGCCGCCUCCUGGCCCCGGGCAUGGGCAGCAGCAGCCGCCGCAGCCGGAGGAGGAGCCGGCGGCCCGGGCCCUGUGCGGGGCACCACCAAGCCUCAGCUGCUGCUGCUGGCGCUGGAAGCAUUAGUGUUGCUGCGGGAAAACCGAGAGCGGAUCAGCUGUGGGAAAGGGACCGUGUUUGCACCAGGUGUCCCGUUAGGAGGAGGACGCGAAUUCUCGUUCCGUGCGCGACGUGGAACAGAGACACGCCGGAGAGAAAACCGUGCAAGGGAUGUGCUGGUAGCAACGUGUUCGUAAGGAAUCGUGAAGUUCCAGGGCAGACUAAGGAAUAGUCAGAAUUCCUUCAUGCUUCUUGGAGCUACUUGGCGGGCAGAGUAAUGCUCGAGUUGUUCCAAACUGUAACACUUUAACUUCGCCUCAUUUUAGUACGCUAAAAGUGCAAGCAAAGCGAGAAUUACAGUGUGCCAGUGCCAGAUCGGUUGGUCUCAGACUGCAGUGCAAGAGGGCACGCGGCUCAGCUCUGCAGUGGGCAAAGGACUGGUCUGUUUCCAAGCAUCGCAAAUCCGUGAAAUAACCCAGCAGCAUAAACAUAGAAGAGACAAUUUAGCUAGAGCUUGAGUGGAGGUGGAAAGAGAUACUGGAAGGAAGAUGGGGGUGGGAGAGAGCCGGUCUGACAGUAACGCUUCAGCUGAGGCAGCAGCAGCAGUCUUUAUGAAUUUGUGCUUCUAAAAUUGGUUUGGAGUAGUGUCAGAUGAGGCUGAGAUUGAUCUAGCAGUAGUCCUAGUCAAACAUUUUCAGAGAAAAGGUUUCUUUGAAAAACACUUUAUUUAUUUUAGACCUAAGAUAUUUUGUUUGAAAUCUGUCAGCAUUGUUCAAUUUCUACUGAUGCAGAGUUCUGCUAAGCCUGCCUGAGGACCAGGAUUGCUGGAAACAUCAAUGUUCCUGGCUCAAGGAUCCAACAAUUUGGACAAGCAACUCUCACAUGUUCAAGGGUGAAAAGACUUCCCAGCUGCUGAGGCUGUCACAGAAUGAGAAGGCUUUGGGGCAUUCCGUGAGCCGCUCUAGUAACAUCUCAAAGGCUGGAAGUCCAACCUCUGUCUCUGCCCCUCAUAGCUUCUCUCGGACUUCUGUUACACCAUCCAACCAGGACAUCUGCAGUUCCAGUGCAGUGUUUUCUGAGUGUUGUCAUCACAGUCCAGUGCAGUCUGCUGUUGUCUUGAAAAAUCCACACUGCCAGAGCCCUCUGACACAGGGGGUCACUGUGACAGUAAUCUGUCAGGACACGUUACACGCAGCAAAGAGAAACUCCCGUGGGCAGGAUCGGGGCCAGGCACUCAGGUCUGCUAAGAAUGUAAAGCCCACCCACACCCUGAAAUUCUCCAAGUCCCUCAAUGACGUGGACCAGAAGGCGCAGGGCACCAGCGAGUGCUUUGACUAUGUGGAGCGAACGCGCUCAGAAGGCAAACUGACCCUGAAUCAAGAGCAGUGUUUAAGGAUUAAUAAAUUUCAUCUUAAAGAGAGGAAACCGCUGAAUCUCAGGCCUCUUUCUUUUAGCAAUUCUAAGCACUCCUAUAUCCCUUCCCUUUCCAACUACUCAAGUGCAUCGGGAGGAGCAGAGAACCACAGCGCUGUACAUAUCCCCCUGCUGGAGGACAAGGUGGACCAUGACUCCUCAAGGAGCAAAAAACUGUUGCGUUACCUUUUUUCCUUCUCCCACACCUCCAGCAUCAGCAGCCUGCAUAAAUUUCACGAACUGGAGAGCUAUUCCAGUCACUUCCAAGCUGACAAAUCCUCCAGCAUGCUGGUGGAAAGCACAGACUUCUGCUCCGAUGAUAUGGGAGAUGAUGACGUCUUUGAGGACAGCACCUCAGUGAAACUCAAACCAAAAGAGCAGCGGGCACCACUCUGUUCAGUUGAGAAGGACAGUGACCUUGACUGCCCUUCCCCCCUCUCAGAAAAGUUACCCCCUCUGUCCCCCGUGUCCACAUCGGGGGAUACGUGCAGGAUAUGUCACUGUGAAGGAGAUGAUGAGAGCCCUUUGAUUACCCCCUGCCACUGUACGGGCAGUCUUCACUUUGUGCACCAGGCCUGCCUGCAGCAGUGGAUCAAGAGCUCGGAUACGCGAUGUUGUGAGCUGUGCAAGUAUGAGUUCAUCAUGGAGACAAAACUGAAGCCUUUGAGAAAGUGGGAGAAGCUGCAGAUGACAGCCAGCGAGAGGAGGAAGAUCAUGUGCUCUGUAACAUUCCAUAUCAUUGCCAUCACCUGCGUUGUGUGGUCUCUCUAUGUUCUGAUAGACAGGACUGCUGAAGAGAUUAAACAGGGACAAACUACUGGUAUUCUAGAGUGGCCAUUUUGGACUAAGCUGGUAGUUGUGGCUAUUGGUUUCACUGGAGGACUUCUGUUCAUGUAUGUACAAUGCAAGGUGUACGUACAGCUGUGGAAGAGACUUAAAGCUUAUAACCGAGUAAUAUAUGUACAAAACUGCCCAGAAACUAGCAAAAAGAAUAUUUUUGAAAAACCUGCACUAAUGGAGCCAAACUUCGAAAGUAAAGAAAUGUUUGGGGUUCACCAUUCAGACACAAACUCUUCACAUUACACAGAGCCAGAAGACUGUGCUGCAGAAAUCCUUCAUGUCUGAUUGCUGGCUGGAAGGGAUAUUUCCAUAUGUCCUUGAAGAUUUUAAUAUCAUUGUUUACUGCAAACUGCUCUACCUUUUAACAUCAGCAAACAGCUGAGGGCUGGCGGAUGAAUUUUUUACAUUUGUUUUUUUUGUUGGAAUUUUUUAAAUCCCUUAGGCAUAUCUGUCAAUGUCAUCACGGCUGCAUACCUCUCAACAUUUUGUGUCUCAUACUGGCUGAUCAAAGAGCCACCGGUGAGGUAUUCACAGGGUAGAAUGAGCCUUGGGUUUGGUAUUAAGGAAGCCGCUAGCGAGCUGUCACUGACUUCAUGGAGUCUCUUACUUUAGAACAUGAUUCUUAAGUGAUUCUGGAGGAUGUGUAGUGUGGGGUUGGUUGGUUGGUUGGUCUGUUCUUUAUGUGAGAUCAAGGAGGUUAUCCCAGACAGUGAGAGAAAGGAGGGGGAGUCUAAUCUACCACUAACACUGCCACUAACAUUGUGUCUCAAGCAGCAGAUGUAAAAUUUUGCUUUGCAUAUUGCGAUGAGACUUACAAAGCAUAUAGCACUUUUGCAAAUCUUUAUUUUGUGAUAUGUAUGUCAAAUGAGAAUGAAACUUGAAAGAAUGUGUCAUUUUUGAAACAUUUCUUAAUUCUUUACCCCAUUUAUACUUCUGAAACAUAAACCUCUUGCCUUAUAAAAAAAAAAAAAAUUAAAAUUUCAGCCUGUGAUUUUCCCCACAUGCCCACUUUAUCUUACUAAACGUAACACUAAAAAAUUCUGCCUCUUUGGGUUUCCUUUGAGGAGCAAUUUUCUUCAAAGGAUAUUGCACUUGUGACAUGUGUAUGAGGAGUAGUGGAUGUGUACCAUGUUUGUUUUCAGUGGCUUCAGUGUUCUGUUUUGGGGAUUGGUUUUAAUUUCUUUUUCCCAGCAGGUCAGGCCAUCAACAUACCUGCACUACCUGAAGUAGUUUUCAUUCCAAACCAUUGGCAAAGGGUUUGUUGCUAUAUUGAUAAAAAUGUGAGUUGUUACGUAAAAAAGGAAACUCAGUCAAUACAACUGGAACUGGUUUUCUUUCUU